CGUUAGUAAUGCGGUCAAGCCGUUCUGCUUCGAUCCCCGACAGUUCAUUUACUAUGGACCUUGGAAUGACACCUUGGCGGCGUGCCCACGGACGCCGGGAUCCGACUGCUACCAAACUAUGAAAGCGGCGUACGCAUCCACAAUCGAGAUUAGCACGUUGAAUACUUAGCCGAUAAUUUUAAUUUUUUUUCAAGUUUUGGGAAAUACGAGUACGUACGGGAAACGCGAUUCUCACUAUGUUUACGCACGGGCAAUGAAAAAUUUUAUUGUGAGCUGUUAAAGUCAUGUCGACGUAUUUUGCCGCAAAUAUGCAUAUUAAUUCGUAUCGUUCUAGAAACACCGCUAACAUAGUGGAACCUGGGAGUCAUUAAACUUUUACUUGGAGAAUCGCUAAUUCCCAGUGAUCUGUUAAUUUCAGGUAUUUUAAUAGCAGUAAUAACUACGUAAAACAUUCUUCUUGACAUGGCAGCGCAGAUUGCAUAGGUAUAUCUCGGAAAAUCUCUUCCCACCAACAGUUAAAUUACAGUGCUCGCGAAGAUGAUGUUGGCCAAAUUUAGCAAAGUACUGAGUUUCGCAUUAUUUGCGGUGUUGGCGCCAGGAAGUGUGUGUGCUCAAAACGAUGCCCAAAAUUAUGGAAAACCGCCAUAUUAUUCACCUGCACCGGCAACAGAUUAUCAAGCCAAACCAUACGGAGGCUAUUCAGCCCAGCCACCAGUGAAUAACUACAACGGAGUUUAUCCUGGCGAAGCCCGUCCUGAUUAUUCCCAACAGGCUUCCUAUCCCGCCGCCCCAGCCUACGGUCCAGCACAGUAUGCUGCCCCCCAACAACCUACGCUGCCGUACUAUGCACCGCCUUACAACCAACCUUCCUACAGCAGUUACUCCAAACCAGCCGCGCCGGUCUACAGUCAGUCACCGGUCAACUAUGGACCUCAGCCGUAUGCUCCACCGAAAUACGCUAACCAGACCAAAUACAACCCUUCAUUUGUUGGCUUGGACACGUAUCCGUACGGUGCCUCCAAGCCGUAUUACAAGUGUGGAAUACCUAAUGCACCUCGCGGACUGUACAUUGAUCCAGCCAAGAUUGCGGGAAUCUGGUAUGGCUACAGCAUUUGGUUUAUAAACGCCACAAAGGACAUGCCGAUGACAAAAAAUGUUAUCAAUUACUACACAAAUCUUGGAAAGUGUUACUUUCCCACAACCGAUAUCCCAUGCGUAGUGAUGACCCAGGAACAAUCCUAUAUCGACAGAUUUAAUGGCACGUGCCAACGCAUGCACGAAGUAUGCCACUUUACCGUGGAUGGACGACAGAUUGGUCCGUACUUCGACAGCGGAGUAGCAACUUUUCCGGCCGGUAUCGAUAACUCUAUCGUAUUGGCGAUGGAAUAUGAUUCUUACGCAUUCUACCUUUCGUGUAAUAAGUACGGCUACGACGGAAUAUGCGCUGAUCCCUUUUUGUACUCUUAUACACGCCGUAAACCAGAGGACAUGAGUGGAAAUGAGAAGCGAAGUAUUGAUGAAGGUAUUGCUAAUGCGGUGAAGCCGUUCUGCUUCGAUCCGAGACAGUUCGUCUACUACGGUCCGUGGAAUAAUACCUUACCGGCAUGCCCUCGAACACCUGGACCGGAGUGCUACCAAACUAUGAAAGCAGCUUACGAAUCCACAAUUCAAGAUAUGAGAACAUGAAAAAGAUGACUGUAAAGAAGUUACGCGUAUUUAGUGCAAGUAGUGGAUCUUCUCACAGCAGUGACAAUACAUUAUACAACUAAUACAGUUAAAUUACAAGUCCCGGUUUAUCCAGCUGUUGAUCUUUCCAGUGUUCGAAUACGAAUUCGAUCAUUAAUUCCUGUACAAUCUUUAUAUUUACGGCAGGUGAACUUUAUAAAU